AUGCAUAUUAAACAGAUUAUUAUACAAGGUUUUAAAAGUUAUCGGGAUCAAACAGUAGUGGAGCCUUUUGACAAACGGCAUAAUGUCGUUGUUGGGCGUAAUGGCUCAGGAAAAAGUAACUUCUUUUAUGCAAUACAGUUUGUACUCAGCGAUGAAUUUUCUCAUUUGCGGCCAGAACAACGGCAGGCUUUGCUUCAUGAAGGCACUGGGCCUCGUGUAGUUUCAGCUUAUGUGGAGAUCAUUUUUGAUAAUUCAGAUGGUCGUGUACCAAUUGAGCAUGAAGAAGUGUUUCUUAGACGUGUUAUUGGUGCCAAAAAAGAUCAAUAUUUCUUAAACAAGAAAGUUGUACCUCGUAGUGAAGUGAUGAAUCUCCUAGAGUCAGCAGGCUUUUCUAAUUCCAACCCUUAUUAUAUCGUCAAACAAGGAAAAAUUAAUCAAAUGGCAACUGCUCCAGAUGCUCAUAGAUUAAAAUUAUUACGGGAAGUAGCAGGUACAAGGGUUUAUGAUGAACGUCGUGAUGAGUCCUUGGCUAUAUUAAGAGAAACUGAAGGAAAAGUACAGAAAAUUGAAGAAUUUCUUCGCACUAUAGAGGAGAGAUUAAGCACACUCGAAGAAGAAAAAGAGGAGUUGAAACAAUACCAGCAUCAUGACAAAAUACGAAGGGCACUUGAAUACAUUAUACAUGAAGUUGAACUCAAUGAGACAAAAAGAAAACUGAAUGAUUUAGAAAAACAAAGGAAUGAAUCUGGGUCUGAACAAGAAAGAUUAGCUGCUAAUCUUAAAAAAGCCCAAGAGCAAAUUAAAAAUUUAACACGUAAAACUAAGGAAACAAAAAAGGAUUUAGCUUCUGUAAAAGAAGACCGUGAUAUACUGAACAAUGAUCUGCAACAUCUCAUAAAAGAAAAAGCCAAACUUGACUUGACUAUAAAAGAUUUAACUGAGGAAGUGCAAGGUGACAAUAAAUCCAAAGAAAGGGCAGAAAAAGAACUGGCUCGAUUAACACAAUCCAUAAAGGAAAAAGAGGCAGAAUUGGAAAAGAUUAAGCCUCAGUAUGAAAAAAUGAAACAAAAAGAAGAAGAAUGUACAAGAGAACUAGCUUUAAAAGAACAGAAACGUAAAGAGUUAUAUGCCAAACAGGGACGUGGUAGUCAGUUUACUUCAAAAGAAGAACGGGAUAAAUGGAUUCAAAAUGAAUUAAAGUCUUUAAAUAAACAGAUAAAAGAUAAAAAGGAACACAAAGACCGACUAAAUGAAGACUUAAAACGAGAUGCAGCAAAACAAGUUGAAUUAACGAAGAAAAUUGAAGAACAGACACAAGAACUUGAAAGGCAGAGAAUUUGCAUUGACGAACAUAACAAACAGUGCUAUGAACUUAAGAAAAAUAAAGAUCAGCACCAAACCAUCAGAAAUGAUCUGUGGCGAAAAGAAAACAACGUUCAGCAAAAUUUGUCUUCUUUGAAAGAAGAUUUGGCAAAAGCCGAUCAGGCUUUACGUUCGAUGGCUGGCAAGCCAACACUAAAUGGACGCGAUAGCGUUCGCAAAGUACUCGACACCUUUAUAAAAUGCGGUGGUAGUAAAGCAGAGAUUGCACAGGCCUACUUUGGCCCAGUUAUUGAAAACUUCAACUGCGACAACACAAUUUACACGGCAGUGGAAGUAACGGCUGGAAAUCGCCUAUUUCAUCAUGUUAUCGAGUCUGAUGUCGUAGGGACUCAAAUCCUGAAAGAAAUGAAUAGGCAGUCAUUACCUGGUGAAGUUACUUUUAUGCCUUUAAAUAGAUUGAAUGCGAGAGACGUUGACUAUCCACAGGACGCUGAUGCAAUUCCAAUGGUGUCAAAACUACGCUAUGAUAUUAAAUUUGAUAAAGCAAUGCGUUAUCUUUUUGGAAAAACAUUAAUCUGCCGUAACUUGGAUGUGGCCACGAAACUUGCCAGAACUACAGGUUUGGACUGUGUAACGUUAGACGGCGACCAGGUGUCGUCUAAAGGCUCACUAACUGGUGGUUACUUUAACACUUCCCGAUCCCGUCUUGAAAUGCAAAAGACCCGAAGUGAACUUAUGGAACAAAUUAAGCGAUGUGAAGAAGAAUUGAGAAACCUUCGAGAAGAGCUUAGCAACACUGAAUCGACCAUCAACAGUAUCGUUUCUGAAAUGCAGAAAACAGAGACGAAGAAUAGUAAAGCAAAAGCUAUUUAUGAUAAAGUCAAAGGUGAGCUGAGAUUAAUGAAAGAAGAACUGGCUAAUAUCGAGAGAUACCGUGCUCCCAAGGAAAGGUCUUUGGCUCAGUGCACUUCUAGUUUGCAAGCUAUGAAAAACACCAAGGAAGGUUUGGAAUCUGAGCUCUAUCAGGAACUUAUGGCUCAAUUAUCAGUUGCCGAUCAGGCAGAAGUUGACUCCCUUAAUGACGAUAUUCAACGAUUACAACGGGAAAAUAAAGAAGCUUUCAGUACACGUAUGAAAUUGGAGGCGGAAAAAAAUAAAUUGGAUAAUCUCUUAACAAACAACCUAAUUCGUAGACGUGAUGAAGUUCUUCAUGCAUUACAAGAAAUAUCUUUGGAAGACCGUAAAAGGCAACUAACAAAUUCUAGGGCAGAAGUGGAAGAAAUUGAUAAAAAAAUUGAAAAAGUGAACAAAGAACUUAGUGUAAUGGAAACGAAAGUAAAAGAAAUGUCGAAAAAGUUAAAAGCGGAGCAAGCUGAACUAGACAAAUGGAAAAAAGCUGAGAAAGAAGCCCAAGAUAAAAUUGAUGAAGAUGCAAAACACUUGGAGAAGUUCGCUACAAAACAAAACAUUUUGGAACAGAAAAUAGCUGAAUCUGUUGAAAAGAUUAAUCAAUUGGGAGCAUUGCCGGCUGACGAUUUGUACAAUUAUUACGUCAAAUUAAGUUCAAGAUCGUUAUUCAAGGAGUUGGAAAAAACUAACAACCAACUAAAAAAGUACAGUCACGUUAAUAAAAAAGCUUUAGACCAAUUCAUGAGCUUUUCUGACCAAAAGGAAAAGCUUCAAAAACGUAAAGAGGAGCUAGAUAGAGGUGAUGAAAAGAUCAAAGAACUUCUUAGCAUGCUGGAACAACGCAAAAUGGAAGCAAUACAAUUUACAUUCCGUCAAGUAUCGAAAUACUUUUCAGAAGUUUUCAAAAAACUUGUCCCUGCUGGUCGUGGUAAACUUGUUAUGAAAGUAGCAGACAGUGAGGAGGGUCGUGAAAUACGUCCUGAAGACACUAAUUCCGAUAAUUUCACUGGCGUUGGCGUUCGUGUCUCUUUUAUUGAAACAGACGCGGAAAUGCGUGAAAUGAACCAACUUUCUGGUGGACAGAAAUCGUUAGUAGCUUUGGCGCUCAUCUUUGCCAUUCAGAAGUGUGACCCGGCGCCGUUUUACUUAUUUGACGAAAUUGACCAGGCAUUAGAUGCGCAGCAUCGAAAGGCGGUAGCGGACAUGAUUCACGAAUUGUCAAGCGAAGCGCAAUUCAUCACGACCACUUUCAGACCCGAACUACUGGAGCACGCAAAUAAAUUUUAUGGAGUAAAGUUUAGAAAUAAGGUAAGUCACAUUGAGUGUGUUAGUAGAGAAGUGGCGCGCGAUUUUGUAGAAGAUGAUCAGACACAUGGUUAAUGUGUAGAAAACAAUAGUAAUAAAAAUCAUUGAUCUUUCAAAAGUUUUUGAAUUAUUUUAAUUAUUAACGUUUUAAUAGAAACAACAUAAAAAAUAUUGUUAAAACUUCUUUUAUCUUUGAAUUGUUUAAAAAAUAGAUUUAUUGUCAACUAGUUUUAUAGUUCCUAUAUUUUAAAAUUUGUAAAAUUGUAUAGUACGCACCAAGGUAAGAAAAUACAGGAUUCCCUCCCGAGUGUGAAUUGUCACCCUAGUUUAAGAAAGACAGGAGGGAGUGACGUACUUUCUUACUGAGGCCCGUAUACGAUUAUUUUACGAUAACCAUAUCUGAUUAAUACAAUUUUACCUAAUUUCAGAGGAGAAUCAGGGCAACAAUCCCUUCCGGAUAAGAUCGCAUUUACCAUUUAUUAUUCUCCGCGUGAUUUCCUAAAAGUAAAUGAUAAAUACUUUCUUAAUAAACAGUAAAUGCGAUUUACUGCCCAAGAUUCUUACCUGGAAGGGAAUGCUGUGCUGUCUCGCCCUCGAACUAAGGCAAAAUCGUACUUAGCAACUUUCUUUUAAGUACCCUAGAUUACUUCAAAAGUAGUUUUCAUGUUCAGUUAGUUGAAAUAAUAUCUCUUAGUAAUUAAUUUCA